UGGAGUCAAAACAAAAUGGACAAAUAACCAGAGCUCCCAUCCCCAAUUUCUCUACUCUGUGUUUUUGUUAUUCCUGUGUCGGAUAGAAACGAAACCUCAAACCUGAUUGUUGUUAAAAGAAUUGGCGAUCGAGGAAAAGCCUCGUGUUCCCAGAUUUUGUCAAUUCUUCAUGGAUCUAAAUGAUCUUAACAAGGUAUGGGAAGUCAAACCUCUCAAGAAGAUUCGAGAAGACGAGGCAAGGGAAAUCCUUGAAAAAGUCGCAAAGCAAGUCCAGCCAAUCAUGCGCAAACGAAAGUGGAAAGUGACGGUCCUUUCUGAAUUUUGCCCUCCAAACCCAUCCCUUUUAGGGCUCAACAUUGGCGGAGGGGCAGAGGUUAAGCUUAGACUGCGUAGACCUAAUAAUGAGUUGGAUUUCUUCCCUUUCAAUCAAAUUCUUCAUACAAUGCUUCACGAGCUCUGUCACAACGAAUAUGGCGCUCAUAAUACUGAUUUCUACAACCUUUUGGAUGAAAUAAGAAAGGAGUGCGAAGAACUUAUGGCUAAAGGAAUUACAGGCACAGGGCAAGGGUUUGAUCUCCCUGGAAGGCGAUUGGGAGGAUUUUCUCGUCAACCUCCAUUGCCAUUACUGAGGCAGAAGGCACUGGCAGCUGCAGAAAACAGAUCACGACUUGGAGAAAUGUUGCCAUCUGGACCAAAACGUCUUGGCGGUGAUAAUAGCAUCAAGGCUGCUCUGAGCCCUAUUCAGGCUGCUGCAAUGGGUGCCGAAAGGAGGCUACUUGAUGAUGUGUGGUGUGGUUCCGAAUCUCCCGAGGAGGGUAAAGUAUCCUCCAAUUCUGAAACUCCUUCGGGUUCUGGAAUACAGAAAGACGGCCCCCAAACUUCAGUUCUUAGACCCUUAGCCAACCAAGAGACAACAGAUGCCAAACCAACAUGGCAAUGUAGCGCCUGUACUUUAUUAAAUCCCGGUUUAGCGGUUACAUGUGAAGCUUGUGGAAAGCGAGAAGGAGCAGAGAAAUCGAAAUCAAAGGUCUGGUCUUGCAAGUUUUGUACUUUGGACAACAGUGUCGACAAGUCUGAAAGAUGCUUGGCCUGUGGGGAAUGGAGAUACUCUUAUGGUCCCCCUGUCUCUUAUCUUGGAACCUGAAGAUGGAGAUCAACAAUUUCCUUCCCCGUCGUAAAUUUCACUAGUCUCUAUCGUAUAUUUGCUCGAAACGCGGUCCAAGAUUUGUUGAUGAGGCUGCUGUCAUAGUCUCAUAGAUCAUGCUAAGUUCAUGCCACAGCAUUGUGAGUUCAAGUACUGUAAAUCACCCCCUCCCCCACCACCCCAAACACAUUUCUUGUGCUGUAACAUUUACAUAUACACACGUGAAAAUGUGUUUUGUCCUUGUGAAUCUUUGAAUCUUUUUGCUGCUAGUGAAUGCCAUGUGAACCCAAGUUAUGAUCUUUGUCA